AAUUACACCCCCUCGGCCAGGUGGUACGGUCUGGUUGCCAUGGUGACGGCCUGUACACCAUCAGGGCAGGGGGAACAUGGCCACUUUGGCCAGGCUUCAAGGGAGACUGCCAGGCCAGAGGGAGGAAUAUUUCCAUAGGAACAGAGCUGUAGAUGAAUACAGAAAAGCAGAGCACAAUGCUGCCGUACGAAUCCAGAGCUGGUUUCGAGGAUGCAGAGUCCGAGCAUACAUCAGGUAUUUGAACAAAAUGAUGAUUAUUAUCCAGAAAUGGUGGAGAGGCUAUCAAGGAAGAAAACACUUCAGAAAAAUGGUGGAGACAGCAUAUUUUAUUAUGAAGAUGAAUUUCUACAAUGAAAUGGCUGUCAGGAUUCAGAAAAGAUGGCGAGGCUAUUAUAUUCGAAAAUAUAUCCAUAAUUACUAUGCACUGAAGAAAUAUCUGGAAGCUAUUUCUGUGAAUAAUGAGAUUGUCAGGAAAGAACUAGAGGAGUUUGCAGAGAUGAAGGAGAAAGAAAAGGAGAAAAAAGACCUAGAAAGAGAAGAAAAGAAAAAGGAUCACCAAGCCCGAAAGAUGCAUUACCUCCUCAGCACAGAGCAGAUGGCAGGUGUAUACAACUCACCAUUCAGACAAUCACCCGAUCCAAUGGAAGUACGGUUACGGAAGGCAAGGCCUUUCAGCCACAGACAGCAACAAAUAAAGAAGCAUCUUACUGAUGAUAUUUCUGACUGGCUAACUUGUACAAGUGCCCUAACUUUCCCUACAAUGAAGCCUCUUCCACCCAUUGGCAGACAGAAACCUCAGGGGCCCUUCCGUGAUACUGCUGAAGUAUUGCAGCAACGCUACAAGCCUUUGGAACCAACCUUGCGGGUGGCAACAUCAAUCAAUUCACUAGAGAAGGCCAGAGAGGAAAUCAAAAGAGAGGAAUGGAGAAACCGCAUAAAUGACAAUAAAUUUUUGCCAUUUUCUUCAUGUCAUAAAAAACAGGAGUAUGACCCAUUAAUUCAUACAUCAAGUAAAUAUGGCCAAAUGACUUAUGGAAUCAAACAUUUCCGAGAAGAACACCAUGAGAAAUGGGUAGCAAACAAGCACCAAAGCUGACUUCAGCUUUGCAGUGUGUUAUGGGAUACUUACCAGGAGUGAACAAGAGACUUUGAAACAGUGUUACCAUCCAUUGAUCUCUUUGAUAAGUUUGGACAAACAUAUUCCAAAACUGGGCAAAUAGUGUAAACAUCUAUCUAUACUGUAUCUAUUCUAUCCAGUAUAAGAACUUCUGAUAAGCUAUAAAGCUAGCAAUAAAGAUCUUUGAGAAAAUGCAAAGCACAAUGUUGAUUAACUUUCGUCUAAGGAUUGUAAAUGUUUUCCAUAAAAUGUUGUAUGCUACACCUAUAAUAAAGUAGUAGUAUACUACUUGAUCUUUUAGAAAUGCAGUUUUUAAUAUUAAAAAUCUUUUUAUAGUUCUGGCAAAUGUAAUGAAUUAGGAAAACUGGCGGACUCUUAUAACUCUUUUAUAAAAUACUUCAUUUAUUUAUAUAGUAAUUAAUGGAAAAAUCAUGGAUAAAAUCCUGCAACUGUGUUUAUUAGAAUUAUGUAACAGGUGUUAACUACAAUAGAAAUAUUGUUUUCUCUGAAACAUGUAAACCUUGAAUCUAACUCAUGGAAGAAUCUACAAAUGUUGAAAUUUUCUCCUUUGGGGCCUGAACCACAUCUUUUACAAUCAAUGGCUCCCAGGGGAGCUGGAUUGGGCCAUUUAUACAGAGAUUACUGCUUUAACUUUUCAACUUUUACAUCCUUCAACUUUUCUGUGCUUGCUAUAACUCUGCAGAAUUAAGAAAGAAAAACUGCAAUUCUGUAACACUUUCACAUAUUAGCUUGUAGGCAAAUCCAUUUAUACAUAUUUACAGUAUUCUAUGUAUUGCAUUUUACUCCUGGUCCAAAAUAUCUCUUGUGAUAAGAAGGCUGGCACAUGGGAGGAUACGCUGCAAAACAACCAGGUUAUAGAUGGUUAAGGAUGAACACAUUUUUGAUGACACAAAAUUCAUUCAGGUCACCAUAUCCCACAUGCAUUUUCACUAGAGCACCCUUGGUUCCCAUUAACUGCAAAGUUCUGAGCAUCCUGGGUUCCCAUUAACUGUAAUGCGAAUCAAGAGUGCUCAUCACCUCCUGGGAGGAGGAGUUCAACACUUUGCAGGACUGGGUUAUAAUUUAUUUCUUCAAAUAAUAAUGUCAGUGGAUUCUGUUUUCAUAGCACUUUGCUGUCUGAAUGCUUGGAGAGAUACUGCAUUUUUCUCCUCGUGUAAUCUGGAAUAUUUGCAACUACCCUUCUCAACUGAAAAAAACUUUUUAUUGACAAUUUUUUAUACUGUGGUUCUACUGUCCUCUCCAAAUGAACAUGCAACUCCAUUAAUACGAAGAGGUGUGUCUAUACUAGGAAUUGAACCAUUGCUGACAGAGCUUUGCAGCAGCAAGUCUACCUGAACCAGUACUGAAAACAGUUUACAUUCUAGUAUAGACAGGGCCAAAAUAUUUUCAAUCCCAUUUCAGAAAGUCUGAGAUUUGUGGGAACCAGAGGACAGGAGAACCCUCAGAGGUCGGAGGAAAAACAUAUUCCACAUUUUAUAAAUGACAGUGGUACAAAGAGAUCAGCAUUUGAGACAAGAAAGGAAGACUGUAUUUUUGUUCUUUUGUCCUUUUUAGUUUUUUAGCAAAUUCCAGCUUUUAAAAGUUUGUCUUUCUGAGUUGCAACAGGAAAUGAAUGUCCUUUAAUUCUGGUAAGUGAGAAACAGCAACUUCAGACAAGUCCCUUCUGUUACGAUUUAAUUUCACCAAAUAAAUCGGAGUGCUUCUGUGCUUUGUGGAGGGGGCUGAGCAUGAGACGCUUGCACAAAACUGUUGAUGAAUAAAGAUGCCACAGUAAUUUUUAGAUGUGAGAGCUAUCUAUUUGAUUGCUGCCGCUUCAAGGUAGUUCAUCACUUCACAAUAACUCACCCCUGUGUUGCCUCUUACUUCCAUACCACAUUUUCCCAUCAGUUCGAUUAGAAAUGGCAAUACCUUUAUCAGAUUAAUCUUUCUUUCUUUUAAUAUCUCUGACCCCAGGAUAAACAAAACCUACCCAUACAGACCAUCAUUGCAGAUGCUAGAGUUUUCAACAGCUGACAGUUCUCAACAUAGAUUAAGGUUAAAAAGAGUCCUUUCAAUUCACUCUCACUGUUUGACUCAGCUCUCUCUCUUGUUCUUUUAACCCUCAUUCGUUUAAUUUUUUUAAACACAACAGGCCAUUUCCCAUAAGCCUUCUUACACACAAAGUAUGUCUGUGGAUUUUAUUCAGGUAAGAGACAGCUCCACAAAUGCAGCAAAGUAAUAACUUUAUUACCUGUCACUUCUUUCUCCAGAUGUAUUUUUGUAGGGAAGACAAUGCUCUCCUUUUCAGCAUGGGACAAUAUAAAACUUAGUUAAUUCAUCGUCCUGUAUAGCCCCUAAUAUACCGUGCUGCCACUCCAGAGUCCAAGGUUCAAUUCCUGAACCCUUUCUCUCACUUCUCAUGCAAACAUAGUAUUCUGCUGAACAGUUAAAAUGUCCUGUUAACUUUGAUAGUGAAUACACUUCUUUUUUCCGUUGUCUAGAACAAUGAGAAGUACAUAUUGGUACCUUACCUUGGGGAUGGAAUUCAAUCAGGGAAAAUGUCAAGGAACUCUGCAGGAUCUCUUUUAGAGAUGUGCAGGUGAAGUUAGGCUAAAAAAAUUGAUUUCAUACAAGUAUUCCAAUGACUGCUCUACUGAUUGUUUUUCUCCUCUCUUACACUAAUUAUAUAUACACAUACGAACAUACACCCUACUACAAGUUUAUUAAGCUAAAGCUUUUUUUUUUUUUUUUUUUUACACAAUAAAGGCACAGUACAAUAGUUUUCCCACUAGAUAUCCAAAUUCCAGUCAAUAUCGGUUACUGAAGCCAGAGUA